AAACAUUCUAUCAAACAAUUAAAAGAAUUUAUUUUUUUCUAAGCAAUGAAAUAAUUAAAAGAAAGACCAUAGAUAUAUAUAUAUGUAUUACCGUAAUUAAAUUAUUAAAUUUCAUUUUUGUCGAAGCAUUCGGCAAUAAUUCACAGAAAAUGGUGUCCGCCGGAACCCUAACCUUCAAAGUGAAUCGCCGCUCGCCGGAGCUGAUCCCGCCGGCGAAGCCGACGCCGCACGAGCUGAAGCCCCUUUCGGACAUCGACGACCAGCAGGGGCUCCGUUUCCAGAUUCGGACGAUCCAAUUCUACCGCCGUAGCGCCGCCAUGGCCGGCCGAGACCCCGUCGCCGUAAUCCGGCGAGCCCUGGCGACGGCGCUGGUGUUCUACUACCCAUUCGCCGGCCGGCUGAGGGAGGGCGCCGCCAGGAAGCUGGUGGUGGAGUGCACCGGCGAGGGGGUUUUGUUCAUCGAGGCCGAUGCUGACGUGGAGCUCCGGCAAUUCGGCGCCUCCGUACAGCCGCCGUUCCCUUGCCUGGAGGAGCUGCUGCACGACGUCGCCGGCUCCGACGGAAUCAUUGGCUGCCCUUUAUUGCUUAUUCAGGUGACGCGCCUCAAGUGCGGCGGCUUCAUCUUCGCUCUCCGGCUUAACCACACCAUGAGCGACGCCGCCGGACUCGCCCAAUUCAUGGCCGCCGUCGCCGACAUCAGCCGCGGCGCCGACGCGCCGUCCAUUCUGCCGGUGUGGCAAAGACACCUCCUGAAUGCACGCAACCCCCCUUGCGUGUCACACGCUCACCGCGCUUACGACCACGCGCCGCCGCGAACUACAACAAUUCCCGCCGAAAACAUGGUCCACCGCUCCUUCUUCUUCGGCGCUGCCGAAAUCUCCGCCCUCCGCCGCCGCCUCCCUCCGCGCCUCCACAAUUCCUCCACCUUCGCCAUCCUCGCCGCCUGCUUAUGGCGGUGUCGCACCACCGCCAUCUCGCCGGCCGCCGGCGACGAGGUCAGACUCCUCUGCAUCGUUAACGCCCGGCGGCGGUUCAAUCCGCCACUGCCAGCCGGUUACUACGGCAACGCCAUCGCCUAUCCGGUGGCGACCGCCGCCGCCGGAAAGUUGUCGGAAAAUCCUUUUCAGUACGCGGUGGAUCUCGUCCGGAGGACCACCGCCGCCGUGACGGAGGAGUACAUGAAAUCGUUACCCGAUUUUAUGGUGAUGAACCGGCGGCCGGGUUUCAUGAUGGACCGGAGUUAUUUGAUUUCCGAUUUGAGGGCCGCAGGAUUCCGGGAAGUGGAUUUUGGGUGGGGCAAACCGGAGUACGGCGGUCCGGCGAGGGGCUGCACCGCCACGAGCACCUAUUUUCUGCCAUUUACGAACGAAGGAGGCGAGAACGGGAUUUUGGUUCCGGUCUGCUUAGGUGUGAACGCCAUGGAAGUGUUCGCGGAGGAGCUUCAGAAGCUGCUGAGAAAUACUGUCAGUUCAUCUCUGUGAAGUGAAAUUGCAUCAUAGGCUUGUACGUUUGUCUUUAUAUGGUGUGCUUUUGGAAACGCAUCAGAAGGUUGUACAUUCUCCUUCAUGAUUUGUACGUUUGAAAACUUGUGUGAAGGUGGUAAUGGGCUUUUAAAUUAGGCCGGCCUGUAAUAAAAUUCAUUUUGAUAUGAAAAUGUAUAAGGAAAAAAAUUGUGGGUGUGUUUGUU